AUGUGGCUGUACGUGGUGGCUUUGCUGCUGGGGCUGUUCCUGCUGCGGCGCUGGCACCGGGAGCGGCAGACGGUGCCCCGGCUCUCGGAGAAGCACGUGCUGAUCACAGGAUGUGACAGCGGCUUCGGGAGCCUGCUGGCACGGCAGCUGGACGCGCGCGGGCUGCGGGUGCUGGCCGCCUGCCUGACCGACGCUGGGGCCGAGAAGCUGCGGGCGGCCACCUCCAACCGGCUCCAGACCGUCCUGCUGGAUGUCACCUCCAGCAAGAGCAUCGCCGAUGUCACCGCCUGGGUCCGGGAGCGUGUGGGUGAUCAAGGGCUCUGGGGGCUGGUGAACAACGCAGGGAUCGCCAUCCCCACCGGCCCCAACGAGUGGCUGACCAAGGAGGACUUUGUCAAAGUGCUGAAUGUCAACCUGGUGGGGCUGGUGGAGGUGACGCUGAGUCUCCUGCCGCUGCUGCGGCGGGCUCGGGGCCGCGUGGUCAACGUGGCCAGCGUGAUGGGCCGUGUGUCAUUCUUUGGUGGCGGCUACUGCCCUUCCAAGUAUGGCGUGGAGGCCUUCUCUGACAGCCUCAGGCUUGAGAUGCGUAACUUUGGGGUGAAGGUCUGUGUGAUUGAGCCAGGCUACUUCAAAACAAUGAUCACCAACACUGAGAACCUGGAGAAGAAUUUUCAUUCCAGCUGGCAGAAGCUUCCAGAGGAAAUCAAAAAGAGUUAUGGGGACAGUUACUUGAGGCAGUUUGUGGCGAUGCUCAAGAUGCUGCAGAAGACCUAUAACUCUGACCUGUCGCUGGUCACCAACUGCAUGGAACACGCCCUGACCAGCCUCCACCCCCGCCGCCGCUACUCUGCUGGCUGGGACGCCAAGCUGCUUUACCUCCCCCUCAGCUACCUGCCCUCAGCCCUCAGCGACGCCCUGUUCACCUUGUUCUACCCCAAAUCUGUUGGGAAAGCCUAA